AUGGCGCCCAGGAGCCGCCAGCGCUCCUCGGCUCCACUGCAGGUCCUGCUUUUCCUCAACGGGUGGUACAGCGCUACCUACUUCCUCCUGGAGGCUUUCAUCUUCGUGUACAAGGUGCUGCUGCUGCCGUACCCCUUCACCAACCUAGCGCUGGACGUGGUGCUGCUCUUCCUCUACCUCGGCACUGAGGCCACUCGCAUCUUCUUCGGAUCCAAGGGGAACCUGUGCCAGCGGAAGGUGCCACUCUCCAUCAGCCUGGCCCUGACCGUCCCAGCGGCCGUGAUGGCGGCCUAUUACCUGCUGCUGCAGACCUACGCCCUGCGCCUGGAAGCCAUCCUCAAUGCCAUCCUCCUGCUCUUCUACGCCGUGGAGCUGCUGCUGGGUGUCCUCGCGCUGGUCUCCUUCUCCAGGUACCGCAGCCAGGCCACGUCAUGCAGGGAGCUGGGUAACGCCGGGACGCGGCAGAAGCCGGCACCUGGUUGGUUUGGCGCUGACAUGUCCCCCUCUUCCCUUCUUGGCAGCGUGGAUUCAUACUGA